CCCUGCUCCCUCCCUCCCCUGGCCCUAAGCCAGCCUUGUCUCUCCCAGAAUCACUUGGAACAAGUUGAUGUGACCUCGUUGACCUUCGGCCAAUCCCAGCUCCAGGUGACCUUUGCCCCCUGUUCUAUCUCAGCCCCUCACAAACAGACACACAUGUACAGAACAGCGCUAGCCAGACUCCUCCAUUGUUCCACGCCCUUGGGCCAGUUUGAAGGACAUCACCCUGCACUGAUCUGAACUCAGGUAGGAGGGACACUUAAGGAGCGUCUUGUAGAAACCUUCGUCUUGAUUCUGUUCCUUAAGAACCAAAGAAUUUACAAGUAAAAGCCAACAUGGCCAUCUGGCACUACAAGCUGUUCUGGAUCGGGUGUCUGGUCUCCAUGGCGAUGACCUCUGCAGAGGUUGCCUGCUCUAACGACGAUGGUGACGGUGUGUGCGACUGUUCGGACGACCACACCGUGGACUGUCGGUACAAGGGCAUGGAGGAAUUUCCACAGGAAAUCCCGGCAGAAACGCUCAAGCUUCACGUCGAGGGGAACUACAUCACCGAACUCAACGCCAACGACCUUGCCGGGCUCGCCGACCUUGAGAAGCUCAACCUUCACUUCAACAGCAUCAACGACAUUGAGGAUGGGUCCUUCAGCGACCUUCAGAACCUACAGCACCUGGCGCUGGACUACAACAUGGUUACCACGGUUACGGCACAAACGUUCGUCGGGUUGGACAAGCUGUCGUCUUUGUCGCUCAUCCAUAACAACAUCAGCAUCAUUGAGGACGGGAGCUUCCAGCCACUCGGCAGCCUCAAGGUGCUGGACCUCAGCUUCAACAAGAUCACAGCUUUAGGAGUGUCUGCCAUUCUGAGUGGUCUGGAGGGGAACCUGAAGGAACUGGGGCUGCGCUACAACAUGCUGCCGGAAAUCCCUGCAGCCAUCGGCCUGCUGGAAAACCUGCAGACGCUGAACCUGGCCGGGAACAACAUCAGCUCCAUCAGCACCAUCCAGAAUAUGACCUCCCUGCUGACCCUCGACCUCAGCAACAACAGGGUCAUGCACCUUGACCCCGGCAUUUUCCAGAACAUAGAGAACCUGCAGGUGCUGUCCAUGGCGUAUAACCGUAUCGGGAUGAUCGCGGAGGGCGUGUUCGCUAACCUGACGGAGCUGCGGAGCCUGGACCUGCAGGGGAACAACGUGCAGCGGUUCAACCGCGGGAUGUUCACCAACGUGGCCACCAACUCCUCCAAACUUCGCCUCCACCUGCGCAGGAUGAACCUCCGCGCUGUCGACAAGUUCUGCUUCCGCGACGUCGGCAAUGAAGACGCAAAGGUUCCCAGCUUUUAUCUUUGUUCUAUCCAGAUUGAUCUUCGGAACAACCGUCUGAAAAUGAUCCCCCCCGGCCUGUGCCGCAGCCUGCCUGAGGGUCAGCUCCACAUCAAACUCGCUGGGAACCCCUGGCUGUGCGACUGUCUCAUGGAGCGUGUCCCCGACCUCUGUCCCACUGCGAUCGUGUCCCGUAUUCGCUGCGUGCAACCCGAGCCGCUGAACCGACGGCUCCUCGGGACUCUUGGCGCUGACGAUCUCGUGUGCGAGCCGACGGAAGAGCCGGACGGGGAAACUGAUUCCGUGGAAUAA